UGACGUUGUUGCCAAAAAAAGGAUUCUAUCUUUUUUUUUCGGUUAUAAUUUUCCACUCUUCUUUUUUCUCUUUCCGUUGCUUUCUCUUUAUUAUUUUGGUUUUCUUCUUGUCUUUGUUCUUGUACAUCGUGGAGUGACUCAUGUCCUUUUCUUUUCAUUUGUCUUACCAUGAUGGCCCGAUCCGAAGUUCUUCAUCAGCUCCCUUGUGUUCUUUUGCUCUAUUUAUCGUUGGAGCAUUGUAUCGGUUUCUUUCAAGGUGCUGAAAUGGAUAUGAACAAAUUCUUACGAAUGACAGAACCGCAAGAUUUUGCCAAUAUUGGGAUACGCGAACCUCGUGAAUGUGAUCGACUUUCUCUUUGUGUUCAAUCAUUACGUACUCACCUCGCCCAGAAUGGAUACGAUCACUUUAUUUCCUCGUUCAUUUCUUCCUCCAGUUCCUCUUACUAUUCCGUCAUCGAUAGUAGUCCCAGUAACUCAAGGCCGUCUUCUUCAACAUGCCCUUCCACCCUCAGUACCCCCAGCGAUGUCACUCCCUCGGAUAUUGAUUGGUGCAUGGAUGAAGAAGCCCACCGACAAGCCGUCUGUCGAGCCAUUGAUGCCUUUGAUCGAUACAUGGCGUCAUCCACAUCGCCGGUAGUAACGCAACCGGUAACAGUGACUACCGAACCGAAAGCGAAUCGGCAAUCGAUGGUAUCGUUUGAUUUGCCAUCUGACGACAUUGUCAGUAGCGAGUCGAAAUCCAAACCUUGUUCUAGUCCUGUUCUUUCUAUUCCUUCUGAGAAUACUGCUAGUGCGGCUACCGUUAUGACAACUGUCAGUAGUAAACCCAUGAUUAUGAUGACUACAGUCGCCGAAGAAGGCGAAGAGGGAGGCAUGCUGGAUAUGUCUUCUGAAAACCCUCCACCUUACCUUUCACCCUCCCCGGCUCCACUGACACAACAACAGCAACAACAACAACAAACACAACAGCAGCAGCAAUCACCCCCGCCACUCCCACCGCAGCAGCAACAACAACAACAAGGUACGUUACUGUCACGGAUCGGUAAACCUGGGACCGUGAUCCCUCGGCCUCGGAAGUUGAAUCUACGGAUACCCCGACCAUUGUCGAUGCCAAUUCAUAUUAUGAUGGAUUCUCUUCAUGACGAUGAUGAGAAUGAUCAGAGUGAACUAGCAAGCCAUCGCAAUUCCAUGGCCACAGCCACAACCGUGACCCCCGCCACUAAUCCAAAUACAACCAUCCCACUUCGUGCUCGACCCGUCAGUUAUGCCGCGCCGGAACCACCUGACUAUCACGAAAUGGCGCUCAUUAAGCGUUGGGAAAAAUGUCGUUCCUGUAUUUUGCCGCGAGAAGAAGAAGGUCGGGAGGAACUUCCCCCUUAUCAAUGUACAGUGUAUAAAAUGGGUCAUGUGUAUAUCAAACGGGAGAUGGACUCUCCCGGACUCAAAACUCGAUGGCGUCGUUGGAGAAAACUUUAUGUGGAACUUUGGGGGACGAUCCUGCGGAUCUAUCGGACAGCUCCUAAUGAAGCCAACAACAACCGACGUUUGUCUUCCCGAUUUCCAUUCCAUUUCCGAUGGAAUCGUUAUUACUAUACUCCAUUAAUGACGAUUUCUUUGGCUGGGGCGGAAGCGAUUCGAGCGUACGAUUACACCAAGCGGCCAAACUCGUUACGACUAAUCACGGCUCACGGACCUCAGUUAUUGUUACGACUGAAUACGGGAGUGGAGAUGAUUUCAUGGGUUGAACAUUUGCAAGCAGCGAUCAAUAUUUCGUUGGACCUUGAAUAUCGUCCGAUGCCCAAGUUUAUUACACUACCAGGGCGGGGUGUUACGGCCCAUCUCACCGAUGCUCGAUCCAUUCAAAUCGAACGAGCACGACAACAACGACAACGCGAACAACGCGAAAUGCUUAUUUGAAUUAUCCUCUUUUUUUUUCUUCGCUCUUUAUAUUUUAUUGUAUUAUACCGGUUGGCUCAAUAUCGUUUUACGUUCUCUUAGUACUUUCUUUCUCCUGGGCGUCUUUAUGGUUCUUGGUCCGUUUUUUAUUUUGAUAAUGCUUUUAUUUUAUUUUUUAGUUUUUGACUCCUCAACAGUAGCAAUGUUUUAUGAACUUGUACUUGUUUUUUUUUAAUCGAGUAUGUUUUGUUUGAUCUGACAAGUGAGGAGAAUUUUCGAAUGCCAAGCAUCAUAACAAAACUGCGCCCGUGAUACCAAUGUGUAAAAAACAUAAUUGCUGACCACGGUAAUUGGUCACCUUGCAAAAAAUCCUCAACAUUGUAAAUUACGCAUAAACAUCUCUGCCGACAACGAAUAAAAAAAAACAAUGCCCC